AUGGCGAAUGAGGCCCAUACCGGCUCCGAAGUCGACCACAUGGAGCAUAGCGAGCCUGAGACCACCGGCUGCGCAGCCACAAUAGCCUCCCCCGACGAGCUGUCAUCCGCCGCUCCUUCAUACAUUCUAGCCCCAACAAUCGAGGAUGCCAACGCCAGCAACUCACCUAACAAUUCCGAGCAUGACACCCCGCCAACAGUUGGCCCGUCGACAGCGCCGCAAGGUCAGAAGCGCAAGUCGCCGGACACAGACGACGACGAGGAUUUCCCUUGGCAGUACGAGUUUCCGGACGAUGAGGACGCAUACGACCAGGACAACGGCGAAAACAAGGAAAAGGGUGGCGACGCGAUUGAGGAGGCUGAAGAGAACGGCGGAUUCGAUCCAGAGGAGAGGCACAUCCGCGACACCGCUACCGCUGGGCCAGACGGACGCUGGGAGUGCCCCGCGCCCAAUUGCGGCAAGCUGUUAUCGUCCUUGGAGAUUAUGGUUCGCCACUGGAAGGGAUGCAAGAAGAGGCCCAGCUACCAGUCCAUCCCUUGCCUGGGCUGCGACAAGUUCUUCGCGAGGGGCGAUGCGAUGCGUCGGCACCACAGAAACCCGAAUGCUUGUGAAGGGUACGUCACAGAAGAUGAGGCGAGGCCGAAGCGCGGUCGAGGUGGCGGCGGUGGUCGCAAGCGUGCUCGUCGUGGCUAG